AUGACGCUGCUGGCGGCAGUCGUGGCCUGGGACUGGCGCUUCUUGACAACGACGCUGGUCUUUCUGGCCACGCUUUACGUGGUGCGCUUCUACCACAAAGUUUCGCAAUACCCGAAAGGGCCGUUCCCUCUGCCUGUCGUCGGAAACCUCCUCACUCUGGCCAAGGAAAAAGAGGUCCACAAGAAAGCCAUCACGUGGUCAAAGUAUUACGGAGACCCGUUCACUUUGUGGAUGGGCACUCAGCCGAUGAUCGUGCUCAACGGUUACGAAGUCAUCAAGGAAGGAUUCGUCGACAGGCGCCACGAUUUCGCCGGCCGAUUUGCGACGAAAGUCGGUGAUAUUCAGAGAAUUGACGACCAUGACAUCGUCUUUGAAGAUUACAACGCCACAUGGAAAGUCCUUCGCAAGGUAGCUGUCAGUGCUGUCAG